UAUAAUUAAUGCUAUGCCUACACAACAUGAUUCCAAUUUUACAAAUGAUUCUAGUGAACUGAGGCAAAAUACAGAAACUGAAAGUGGUUUUGCAGAAAUAGUAAAAGUCUUACAGAAUUCUGCUACUGAAAAUGAAGUCUCUGGGUCUGGUUAUGAGUAUAUUAGACCUAUCAAGAAUAAUCCACUGUUACCGCACCUUUACAGCAAUAUCAUACAACCAAAUCAGAAGCCUUUAACUAUCACUAGAAAGCCUGGUAGACCAGCAAAAGUAAAAAUCUCUGGCAUAUCAGUGACUAUUAAUAGAGUUUCACCUCAAGAAAGAAAAGUAAGUAUUAGCGGCUGCCUGCCUCCAUUGCAGCAACAGCAUAUGUUAGAAAAAAAUAUAUCACAGGAGAAGAAUAAUCAACCAUGCAGUAAGAUGAAUGAAAUAAAGAGCAUUCAGAAUGACACUACCAAGGAUGCAUCUGUGAUUACUACUACAGAAUCAAGAAAACAUGAUAUUCCUUUGAGGCAUUCUGUUAGAGACAGAAGACCAUCACUGCAUUUCUUACAUUCAUUAGCAUCUUCUAGCACAUUUACUUGUAGAAGUGCCUUGCUACAUAAAUCGUAUAAGCUCCAUUUGAAAAAAGCUAAGGAUCAAAAGGAAAAACGUAUGCAAUCAAAUCUGAGGCUAACAUCCAAGGAUACCUCAGAAACCAAAAAUUCAGGGAGUGAAGAAAUGGGUUCUGAGGUAAAUGAAUUUAGGUCCGUUAAUGAAAUAUCACUGGAUCCCAUUUUUUCAUCAAAUCCUUCUCUCAGGUGGUGGGCUACUUCCACUUCACGUGACUCCUUGUUGGAAGAACUAAAUAAUAGAUUUGAACAGAUAACUAAUACCUGGUUGCAAGUGGGUGGAAAUGAAUUUGAAAAGUGUUUAUAUGAAAAAAGCAAUCAUGUUGAACAAGAUUGUAGCAUUAAAGUGUCAAGACCUUUAGAUACCUGCCUUGUAGAACUUGAAGCAUCACCUAUAAAAAUGCUUUUUCAGAAGAAGUGUAAUAUAAAUGAACUUAGUACUUGGUUUAUGCAAACAACAGAAACGCAGUCUCUCUCUCUAGUGAGAAAGGCAAAUGCUCGCAAUCCUUUGGAAGUAAUUAGUACUAGAGAGAUUAAGAUGGGAAGUAAACAAUCUGAUCUUAAUACUAGUCCUUUCAGAAAGCACUUUAAAAAGUUUGCACUAUCCUCUCCUUCAGAACCAGCUGGGAAAUUACAAAUAUUGCAUAAAAUGGUCCAGGCUCCAGUCUUAAAUAUGAAAAGUAAUUUCACACUAGCCAGAUUAAGAAGAACUGAAUUUAAGAAGUUACAACAUGACAGGUGGAGACAAGUGAAAAAAAUGUAUAACCAUGGAACAGGUGACUGGAAAUCUAAAAGACAAAAUUUAAGAUUUUUCUGCCAAAGCCAGUUUUUUAAAAAUACAAGUGGGAAAAUCAGUGAUGUAGUAUCCAUGCACCAAGGAAAAAGUACAGUAAAAACCCAGCCCACUGAAAUCUUAGAAUCUCACAAUAGAAUCUUGCCAACUGGAACUGAAGUCAAAGAUGCAUUUCUUCCACGGACAAUAGAAUUGUCUGACUUCAGCACACAUCCUGGUUUAACAAAUAUUUUUAAAUCACAUUCAGAGAUAAAUGGAACAAGUUAUAAUCAAAAAAAUGUUGGAAAAUCACAGAACCAACUUAAAAUGAGUCAAAGUACAUGCAGAGCCAAAACCUUUAAAGAUUGUAGAAUAUUUCUGAGAAAACUGAACAAUAUAGAACAGCAUAAAUCGUUCAAAGUAAAUACCAUCAUUUACUCUCCGGAAGCUGUUGAAAGUAGAAGCAAUGAGACCUACACUGAAGAAAAAAGGCAUUGUGCUUUAAAGUCCUAUUCUGCAAGGCAAGAUGCAUUAAAGAGUAAAGAAAAGGAUGUGGAGACAUGUAAGGGAACUAAUCCUUCCAAAAUGACUGCAAUGCUGGAUGACCAAUUAGACAGCAAAAAAUCAAGCACAUGCAUAAACAAUGAGAGCCCUGCUGCUAGUUCUGAAGUUCUUAACAAAAUAAACAUAAGAAAAAGACCACAAUGGGAGACCACUGAUAUGAAUGUAAGAAAAAGGCAUAAGAGACAAUCAUGCAAUACUGGACAAAUGGCGAAUUGUUACUCAAAAUACCAACUAGGUAUAUUAUACUAUCCAGGCUGAAGAUACACUUAACGACAAGUCAAAAUAGCAAUGAGCUACUU